CAGUAAUAUUUUGCGCUCAGGUCAUAAGUCAUGACUUAAGGAUUUCGUAUUUACAUUUCGUGUAAUUGGAGAUAAGUCUUGCAAAGAUUCAACACUUCAAGAUCCAAGAUGGCCGACCCGGGAAAUUCAUCAUUCGACAGAUUUAAAGCUACAUGACUGUCAUAGGUUCUGACUUAUAUCAUCAUUCUCAACGGAAAUUUUAAGUUACGUCUGAUUUUUUGGAGAAAAAAGUUGUGCAAUGUAGAAUGUGAUGUGAAAUAUUCUCAUUGGGUUGUGAAAGACACUGUUUCGGAUCGUAUUACUCCAGUCAACAUCUCAGCCGAAUCUGAUGGAUUAUGGAUUUAAACGAUAAAGCAAAAAUGAUGUCCAACGGAAAACAGAACGAACUCGUCAUGAGCCCGAUUUCCGGGUCGGGCACUAUUUUAGACUCGCCCGUCUCAAACGGAGUCAAUGGCGGCGCGGCGCCAAAGGUCAAGCGGAAGGACUACAGCAGCGCCACCUUUGCAAAAACUAUGCUGGCUUUCACGCAGACGACGACAUGUCAUGGAGUACGCUUUAUUUGCCAGAAGGGGUCGUUUUUAUUUAGAAGAGGUUUCUGGCUGCUAGCGUUCCUCGCUGCCGUCUGCAUCCUCGUCGUACAAGUGGUGGACCGCAUCACGUAUUUCUACAGCAACCCAUACAAUGUCAAGGUGGAGGUUAACUUUAACCAUUCCAUGAAGUUUCCCGUCAUCGCCAUUUGUAAUCAGAAUGAAUUCAAAAUUACGGAGGCUGUGAAGAACGACCGACGCGCCCUCAUCAAUGACCUGUACGGCCAGAAGUUGAACCUCUCUCGCCUCUUGGACACCUGCCGUAAGUGCGACAGGACGGCGCACCCCAACGGUUGUCCGUGUGAGUUGGAUCUCACAUUAGAUAAUCUGUAUUUUGAACUGGCACACCGGAAAGAAGACAUGAUUGUGAGUUGUAAGUGGAACCGUAUGAGCUGCAGUCCUGACGACUUUGAGAUCACAUUGACAGACCAUGGUAUAUGCUUUGAAUUCAACGGUGCCGAGGAUGAUAGCAAAGCAAGGCUGGCGUCUGGUGCAGGAACGGAACAUGGCCUACAACUCGUCCUUAACAUUGAGCAAUACGAGUACAUGUUAGGAGAGCAUGACUCGGCAGGUUUGAAGAUCUUACUCUAUUCCAACCGCGAAGUACCAAUGGUGACCUACUUAGGUCAGGGUGUGGCACCAGGGACUCGGACCUUUGUGGGGACGACAGUCACCGUGAUGGACCGACUCCCCAAACCACAUGGCAACUGUACCAAACAGGAGGAACUCCAAUAUUACUCUAAAUACACUGAAAUGGCUUGUAAGAAGGAUUGCCAAGCUGUGGAUUUCAUCGCCAGGUGUGGCUGUAGACAGUCUUCGCUGUGGAGAUCAGACACUAUCCCCAUCUGUACGAUCAAGCAGACACUCGAAUGCUACGAGAAACACUCAGAACAUUUUCAAAUGCCCUCCAUAGGCAUCUCCACCGAGCACGCUGCCGCCAACUGUUCAAAGUGCGAGUCUCCCUGUAACUCUGUUUUCUACCAACCAAACUUCUCAUAUCUAAAGACCUCGAACUUCGAUGUGGACAGAAACCUGGCUGAGCUAGACCAUGCCACUCUCCUGGCCCGCUACACCAAGGCCAGGGAUACUGUGAGCGCCACGGACAAGCGGACCCUGACCAAGGACUUCAAACUACUCAACACCCUGAUAGAUGCAGCGGCACAAGUGGAGCAUUUCCUCACCGCAGAGGAUUCUGGGACAUUCUGGGGCAACGACCUUAUUUCAAAGACAAGAAUGUUUGGUUUCCAAGGAUACAGGAAUGUUGCUAACAUGGCUGGCGGACUGGGCAGGUACACGGAAAAGAUCGCAGGUUACUUCAGGGAAAGGCGAGAACUCGUGGAACAGCUGUUUGCAAGGGGAGUGCAGAUCGUCAAGGAACACACCUUGGACGAGGUCUCGUUGAAUAUCGCGAGAUAUGCGGAAGACGUGCGCGCAGAUAUCGUAGCGCUUGCUAACUUCACGAACAGUAAUGAUCCAGCAUUGCGUGAGACCGUGCGGAAACGUUGGUAUGAGCAUGCGUCGAACUUGGUGGCGUCAAAACAAAACGCAGUAAAAAGGUCACGUGAGGAAAUAAAACGUAUCAUCCACGCCUACGAAACUGGCUUUCCCCUCGUCCCGUAUGCUGAUACGGUCAACAAAACUAGACUGGGAUUGAUUCCGACGAACCUACUGAAGGAGGCCGUCUCCUCGGAGAAGGCAAAGCAGAACUUCAAGGACAUGGAAGCCUCCCUCUCGUAUAUCACAGAUACAUUGAAUGCGUUAGACGUUGCGGUUUCAACUGCAUACGGAAGCUACCAGUACGAACCGAAGAAGAUCAACAUUUCCCUUGACUCCCUAACGGCGGCAGUCACCGAGUUCCAUGCGUUCCAAGUCUCCGCGGUUCAGGAUGUGUUCUAUAAAGUGGCGGACAGUGCCACCAGGACUGAGCGGAUCUACCAGGAUAAGAUCCGGACCUUCGACGCGACUGGGGUCAGGGAAGACCUGUCCGAACCCGGCGACAUCAUCAUCAACAGCGCAAAAGAACAGAAAAGCGAAUACAGUUCGUUCAACGCGUCCUUGUCUAUCAUCAGAGGAUACCUCGAGCACCAGACUCCAGGCAAAACAGAUAUCGCCAAGCAUUUCACGAGCCAGGGCAUGACAAUUAAGAUUGCAGACUUCAACACCUACUUCAAGACGAUAAAGCUACAGUUUCGCUCUCUUAUCGCCCGGUAUCUGAAGUAUUAUAACAUCUUCAAGAAGUCGGUCUUGGCGCCCGCCAUUGAGGACCUGGCUGAUCUCAACAAGGCGCAGAUCGACGAAGCUUUCUACAACUACCUGGGGAUACCUUGUACUGAUUUGUUAAACGACACUUCCCCGAGUUGCACACAGUUUGAUAAUCGCUAUAACGCGCUGAGGUUUGAUAUCGACCGCUACCUGAAUGAGACAAUAGGUAGCAAAGACACCAUGUUCUUAGACUCUCUCUACAAAGUGACCAAAGGGUUCACAGGCUAUCUGGAUAAUGGCAAUAUUGACGCUGCCUUCUAUACCGAUAACUUCUUGAGUCUCGACAUCUUCUUCCGUGAAAUGUCGUAUGAGCUGAUCGAGCAGCAGCCUGCUUAUGAUCAGUUUGCGCUCAUCAGUGACAUCGGUGGGUCCAUGGGCCUAUUCGUUGGCGCCAGUGUAUUGACCCUAUGUGAACUGCUGGAUGCCGUCACACUCUAUAUCUACAAACGAUUCAUCAAGAGAGACAGUGUGUCUGAUCACAAACAUUCGAAAUAUUCAACGAAGAAUGGUUUGGCAGGAUAAAAUGUUGGAUGAAGAAUAUUCUGGCGUGCGAGGAAGAGUGUAAAAGGCUACUGUAGUCCAUUUCAGGAGUGGUUAGCGCAGUAAAGUCAUUUCACAGAAUUUCGCUUUAAGUCGAUGUUUCUUUGAGAUUCUCAGUCUUCAAGGUUAGAAGACAAUUUGCUCAACUGCACCCGUGUUUUCUGAGUGAAAUCGCCAGAACUCCGAGAGGCGAUUUCUUGUGAGGUUUAUAGCCCCAUUGGUAGGAGACAUUGAUAUAUGAAAACAAACACCGGGGCCGAGCGUUUUUCAGAUAUGGCGACGUGAAGACGUUAUUUUUGUUUAAGAGGAAAAAGGCUGUGAUCCACCGUGAUAUUAUGCUGGACUGACUCGAAGAUUAGGAUCUUCACCGAAAUGACUCGCUCCGCAUAAGUCAUGGAAUAUGGCGUAGAUAUGUGACUUCAUACCUAUAAUAUACGAGAGCUUCUGUGAGAAUUUUCGGAAUGGUGUGUCUGCCAACAGGUGUUUUUGGUCGGUACUUCUCGCGUGUUUCCGCUGGGUAAAAACGUCGGGGCUACGCGAGACCCCAUUUGCAGUAGCAGCGAGGAGUGACUGGUUUAGACGAUGCGAUAGCUGAUCUUCUAUAUACAUUGAUGCAUGAUGUGGUGGUUAUAAAUAAUCGUUUUACGAAGCUGAAUGAACAAAGUGUAGUUCGGGAAGGUGUGCAGCUUUUAACCUCGGAAGUAUCAUGCACGAGUGUUGACUUUUAACAUGUGUUCAUUUUUUGUCUAGAUUAUCCGACAAUGGGAUGUAAUUGUACUGCUAGCCUUUUGAGUAUAUUGUCUUACCUAUGUGAUGAAAUCCUCGUAUCCAGGCAUCAAGGACGUCAUAUCGCCUAUUGGACCACACUUAGACUAACUUAGCAAUGUUCAUGUCUGUCAGAUCUUCAGUAUAUGGGCCAACUACAUAUUUUUUAUGGCUCAAACUUUAAGUAAACAAUAUCCGUCACAUGUGAGCCAAUCGUUUCUUGAGCGUUUUCAUAUUUGAGUUGAGUUGGGGGAAUAUCUAAAAUUGGCAAGCAGAUUACUUUUUUAAAAUUAAAUUCUUUAAUUAAGAAGUGAGGCCACUUGGCUAUAUAGACCGCUGUUCUGCGGAACUGCAAACUGCUUGCGUGUCAUGUAAAUAUAUAACUGUCCGUAACAAUUAUACCAGAAAGCUGCUGUA